UUGAUUGAUUGAUUGAUUGAUUGAUAAUGCUGCUCUCACAACAGAUGACAACUCUCCGUUAUUAACGACAGAAACAUUCAUCUUAGUUUCUCCAUGGUUACUAAGCUCAGCUGUCUGAAUGAAGCUUCAGACAGAAUAACAAGGAGAGGAAGGAAAAACCUCAGCUACAGGUUUAAACAAAGCUUCUCACAGGAAGUCUAACAGGUUUUAGCUCCGCCCCUUCUCUGACUCAUCUGAGGGGAAACAGGAAGCAGCUUGUAAAACAGAGACGAUCAGAUUCACCGUCAGAACAAACUGACUACUUCAUCUGAGUAAAUCCAGCUGCAGGACAGAAAUAAAAACACGCAGAGAGGGAGGGAGCCUGACUGACUGAGUUUCAGCUUCACUCAGAGACAAAAUGGCUUCCAGAUCAGAGGAGGAUCUCUGCUGUCCGGUCUGUCAGGACGUCUUUAUGGAUCCGGUUGUUCUGUCAUGUAGCCACAGCUUCUGUAAGGAAUGUCUGAAGAACUGGUGGAGAGAGAAACCAGCAAGAGAGUGUCCAGUUUGCAAAACAAGAGUGGUCACCGAAGAUCGACCCAGUAACCUCGUUCUGAACAACCUGUGUGAGACUUUCUUAGUGCCGAGAGACCAGAGAGAUUCAGAGGGUCUCUGCAGUCUGCACUCUGAGAAACUCAAACUCUUCUGUCUGGACCACCUGGAACCAAUUUGCUCCAUCUGCAGAGAUUCAAAAAAACACACCGACCACAGAUUCAGGCCCAUCGAUGAAGCUGCUCAGCAACACAGAGAGAAUCUGAAAACAUCUCUGGAGCCUUUAAAGAAGAAACUGAAGCUGAAGAAGGAAGUUAAAGAAAAGUUUGAUCAGACAGCAGAACACAUGAAGGUCCAGGCCCGACACACAGAGAGGCAGAUUGUUGAGCAGUUUAAGAAGCUUCAUCAGUUUCUAGCAGAGGAAGAGGAGGCCAGGCUGGCUGCACUGAGGGAGGAAGAGGAACAGAAGAGAGGGAUGAUGAAGGAGAAGAUGGAGGCUCUGAGCAGAGAGAUAGCAGCUCUUUCAGACACAGUCAGAGCCACAGAGGAGGAGCUGAGAGCUGAAGACGUCUCAUUCCUGCACAACUACAAGGCUGCAGUGGAAAGAGUCCAGCGCUGCCCCCUGCUGGAGGAUCCACAGCUGCCCUCAGGAGCUCUGAUAGACCAGGCCAAACAUCUGGGCAACCUGGCCUUCAACAUCUGGAGCAACAUGAAGAACAUGGUGACCUACACUCCUCUGGUUCUGGACCCAAACACGGCUCAUCCAAAGCUCCUGCUGUCUGAUGAUCUGACCUUUGUGACAGCAGGACAGAGGCAGCAGCUGCCUGAUAAUCCGGAGCGGUUGGACGUUUGGUGGUCCGUUCUCGGCUCUCAGGGUUUUAACUCCGGGAUCCACAGCUGGGAUGUCGAUGUUGGAGACAGUGAGGUUUGGACUCUGGGUGUGUUAGCAGAAUCUGUCCACAGGAGGCGAAACAUUCAGUCUGGUUUAUGGGGAUUAACGUUAACAGAAGAUGGAUUAUCAGUUUGUUCUCCAGGCUCCUCCUCAGAUCUAUCAGCCCAGAAGAAGAUCCGGAGGAUCCGAGUGGAUCUGGACUGGGACGGAGGAAAGCUGUCCUUCUCCGAUCCAGACACCAACACACACAUACACACCUUCACACACACCUUCACUGACCGGAUGUUUCCUUACAUUUACACUCUGGAUGAAGUAAAAAUCUCACAGAUGAAGAUCUGA